UUCAUCGUCAGAAAGUGACUGAGCGAGUGAAGGAGGAAUCAGAUCCAGUCUGAGUUUAAGUGAGUGAACAUCUGAAGAGUGGAAGCUUCUCACCUCAGCAUCAUCAGCAGAUUACAGGACCUUUUUUGGUGAUAUGCAGCUGUAGACAUAAUUAAGAGAUAAUGAAUGGGGAAAUAGGGACCUCGGCAGUCAGUGAUGUGUUUAACAUGGGAAUCCAAGAACCUGCAAUCAACUUAAUGCAAGAUGAGAAGAUUGACUGUGCGGUUGUUCACUUGGGUCACCUCAGUAAAGAUGAAACAUCAAAAUUACUCCAGUUUCUUCAUACUUAUGAUGAGAACCUUGAAAUUAAGACUAAACGUAGUGCAAAUGCUGGAUUGAGAUUUGGUGAUUUAUUUUUAAAGGGUGACACUCCAAAUCUUCAAGCCCCAUCUUCUGGCAUCCAUGGGUUGAAUGGGAAUUUAAGUCUCCCUGGUUUUAAAGGUGACCUCACAGCUCCAUCAGUGAAUGGAGAUCUGAAGGGUUCCACACCAGAGCUGACAGUCGGGGACAGGGGCAAGUUCAUCAUGCCAACCAUUGGCAUGACAGGGCCAAAACUUAAAGGUGCUAAUCUAGAUGGCAGCAUCUCUUCUCCAACACUGAACACUCCAGAGGUUGCUGCAGAUCUCAAGACGCCAGAACUGUGCUCAACAAUGCCUAAGUUCCAGAUGCCAAAAUUUCAGGGCAGUUCCCUUGAUUUAGACCAGAUUGAACCUGAUGUGAAUUUGCCAAAUGCUGAACUGAAAGGCUCAAAUCUUAAUGCAGAUCUCCCAGAUGCUGACAUUGAAGGAAGUUCCAAAAUUAAAUGGCCUAAAUUCAAGAAACCCAAAGGAAAAGUGAAAGGCCAGUUGGGAGACAUUGAUGCAGAUCUGAAUAUUUCAGACCCCAAUAUGACAGCACCCAAAGUGAAUGCAGACAUCAAUGCAGGAAAUGUUGAUAUUGAUGGCCCUGAUGUUGAUAUUAAUGCUCCAAAAGUAAAUGUUGGUGCACCGUCUGCAAAAUCCAAGUUCCCCACUCUCAAGCUACCAAAGUUCAACUUAAACAAACCAAAGUUGGAAGGGCCCAAUCUUGAUGCAGACAUUAAGAGACCAGACAUGGAUGUAGGUGUGAACCUGCCCAAAACUAAACUUGAAGGACCAACCAUAGAUGCCAAAGCACCAAAUCUCAAACUCUCUGCACCAAAAGUAGAAGGUGAUAUUGGUAAAACAGACCUAAACAUUAACACUCCAGGCGUAGACAUGAAAGCUCCUAAAAUUGAUGCUGAAGCUCCAGCCGCUAAAUUCAAGCUACCCAAGUUGCCCAAAUUUACUGCCCCCAGUGCAAAAGUAAAAGGACCAAAUGUAGAUGCUGAUCUUAAUGUCCCAGAUGUUGAUGUCAAUGGAGAUGUGAACCUGAAAACUCCCACAAUUGAUGCCCCAUCUGCAAAACUCAAAAAGCCACAUAUUAAGAAGCCUAAAUUUAGUCUCACUGCCCCGAGAGUAAAAGUACCAAAUGUUAAUUCAAAUCUGCAAACACCAGAUGUAGAUGUGAAAAUACCAUCAGGUGAGCUCAAAGGGCCAAAUCUGGACCUAAAAGCACCCAAGAUUGAUGGUUCUCUGGUGGUUCCAGAUGUAGAAUUGCCCAAAGCUGAGCUGAAGAAUCCAAAUCUUAACCUUCAUGCAAAAUCACCAGAUCUCAACCUCACUGCUCCAAAUGUAGAUCUGAACCUACCAACAGGAGAAAUCCAUGGCCCUAAUGUGGAUCUAAAUGCCCCGAAAGUUGAUGCACCAUCUGGAAAAUUAAAGAUGCCACACUUCAAGAUGCCUAAAUUCAACCUCUCUGCACCAAAGGUCAAAGGACCAAAUGCUGAUGUAGACCUAAAUGCACCAAACAUAGACCUGGAUCUACCUAAAGCAGACAUGAAAGGACCUGAUCUUAACUUCAGUGCACCAAAGGUUGAUCUUUCUAGUCCAGAUGUAGACCUGAAUUUGCCAAAGGGAAGUCUUCAAGGCCCCGAUGUAGAUCUGAAGGUCCCAGAUGCCAACAUUGAUGCACCUUCUGGAAAAUUAAAAGUGCCACACUUCAAGAUGCCUAAAUUCAACCUCUCUGCACCAAAGGCCAAAGGACCAAAUAUAGAUGCAGACCUGAAUGCACCAAACAUAGACCUGGAUCUACCUAAAGCAGAUCUCAAAGGACCUGAUUUUAAUUUAAGUGCACCAAAGGUUGAUCUUUCUAGUCCAGAUGUAGACCUGAACUUGCCAAAGGGACGUCUUCAAGGCCCUGAUGUAGAUCUGAAGGUCCCGGAUGCCAACAUUGAAGCACCAUCUGGAAAAUUAAAGAUGCCUAACCUGAAGAUGCCCAAAUUCAACCUCUCUGGACAAAAGGUCAAAGGACCAAAUGCUGAUGUAGACCUAAAUGCACCAAACAUAGACCUGGAUCUACCUAAAGCAGACAUGAAAGGACCUGAUCUUAACCUUAGUGCACCAAAGGUUGAUCUUUCUAGUCCAGAUGUAGACCUGAACUUGCCAAAGGGACGUCUUCAAGGCCCUGAUGUAGAUCUGAAGGUCCCGGAUGCCAACAUUGAAGCACCAUCUGGAAAAUUAAAGAUGCCUAACCUGAAGAUGCCCAAAUUCAACCUCUCUGGUCAAAACAUUAAUGAGCCUAACCUGAACGCAGAUCUGGAUGCUUCUUUUCCUAAGAUUGAUGGAGAACUCCACAAACCAGAUGUUGACCUACAUCUACCAAAUGCUAAAUUCAGUGCACCUGAUGUUGAUGUGAAAUUACCAAAAGCUGAUGUUAAGGUUCCUGAUGUGGAUGUUAAGACUCCAGAAUUAGAGGCCCCUUCUGGAAAGUUUAAAUUAUUCAAUCUCAAAAAACCCAAAACUGGCGUAUCUGUUCCUAAAGUAAAGACACCAGAAAUCGAUGUCAACGCCUCAGUCAAAAAUGCAGACCUCAGCAUGUCAGCACCAACAAUUGAUGCAGACCUUAAAGCUCCAAAUGCCAGUGUGAACCUGCCUACAGCUGAUCUGAACAGUCCCAAUGUUGAUGUAGAUGCCCCUAAAGGAAAGAUCAAAUUUCCAACCAUGAAACGGUUUAAUUUUUCUGGUCCCAAAGUAAAAUCACCUGAUUUUGAUGGACCGGAUGUUAGCUUGUCAGCCCCCAAAGUUGAGAGUCCUAAUGUCAAUCUGAACUCACCCAAAGCAGAGGUUAAUGUUGAAUCUCCAGAUAUCAAUGUUGAUGGGACUAAGAGUAAAUUUAAGUGGCCUUUCAAACGGUCAAAUAAUGGAUCCAUAGGAGCAACAAUAGAUACCGUUGAUGCAAACAUUGCUGACAGUGAGAUCAGUGCUGAUGCAGAUAUGAAACUUCCAAAAAGUUUACUCAUGUUUAAAACACACCGACUUCCCAACAGCAGAUUUGAUGAACCCCUGCAAGAAGCUACUGGAGCUGUUGACCUGAACACCAACACUACUAAAGUAGAACCACAGUCUGGGACCUUCUCAGUUCCCACUCUCCCAAGGAUCAAAGGUGGGUGGAAAUCAUCCACAGGAACUCUUGACUCCAACGGACAUACACCAACAGUUGACAUUAAAGAAAGGCUCCGACUGUUUGCAGCACGUUCCACCAGUGAUCUCUCAGUGCCUUCCAGGAGCAACGUUGACCUCCCAGACAAUUCCACAAAAGUGAAACGAGGAACGUUUAAAGUAACAAGUCCUGACACAGACAAGGACUAUCCUGUAGUGAACUCAAACAGCAAAGAAAAGAAACUUUCUCUGAGUCUCAACAACAUGCUUGGGUUGAGCACCAGUUCAGAUGCAGAAGAUUAGCUUCAAGGCUUAAAACUUUAACCCUCUAAAAUUAUAAAAUUAUUAUUUUAUUAUUUCUUUUUUUUAUAUUAUUAUUAUUAUUAUUAUUAUGGCAGUUUUUUCUAUAUACUAUCACUUGACAUAAAUAUAAAGAAAUUGUUUAUGAGCAGAAGACUUUUACAGAAUUAUGUAAGAAAUAAAGAUUUUUUUUAAUUUUGUAUUUACAUGGGUGAAGUUUAAUAUAUUGUAAGAUGUAAUAACUAAUUACAAAACCUCUAAUUAUUUUGUAUAAAGUGCCACUAUGUCAAUUAUUAUAUAGUUACAAGAAUUAUGAUAUGAAGGAAAACAUUGUGCAUUUUAUUUACAACAUAAACCACUUUGUGUGCAAUUAAAACUAAUAGAAUUUUGAUCUUAAAUUACUUAACACAUUUUUUCUUCAUAUAUUAUUUAUCAAAAUUGUCAUUAAUGGGGCAAAAUCCUGUUUAUUUACAAUGAUAUGACUUUGUUUGUAACAAACCUCACUCUUCUUUAACUGUAAAAUAUUCACAGAUUCACCACUAUAUAAAGUUUUCAAUAAAUUAAUUUUAAGGUGAA